ACGAAACAAAUACAAAAUAUUAUCCGAAAUGUUAAGAUUAAUUUUACUCGUAACGAUCAACAUCCUACUAAGAUUCCACGAAUCACAAUGUACCGUCACCUGCACAUUCAAAUUCGACUAUUCGAAUGCAUUCAAUCGAACUUAUGGAUGUCAAUUGAAUAAUCAGAUCAUUGAGAGUGUUAAUGAUAUGGCUGUCGUCAAUGGUACCCAUGAAAUUGGCUACAACGACGAACAUGUAACAUGGAUAUCGUCGCACAAUUCACGGAUUUUGUUUUUCCCCAAUCUUUUGUUGCAUCAUUUUGCGAAUGUGCAUCGAGUCAUUUUCGAUGAAUCGGAAAUGGAAUCGGUCGGACCGAUAAGUUGCAGCGAAUUGAACGAAAUUAGUCUGAACGGAAAUUUAUUGUCGAAUAUUUCGGAUGGAGUUUUCUCUGAUUGUUAUCAACUGAGAGAGUUGCGUUUGAGCCGGAACAAACUGGAAAGCAUUGGUGAAUUUACGUUCGGCGAACUAACGUAUCUCCAAUCGCUACACCUACAGGAUAACAAUUUAAGUUCGAUUCAUCCGAAUUCGUUUCAAUUUUUGACGAAUUUGACGGUAAUUAAUUUGGGAUGGAACAAUCUCGAGUCCUUGGACCCAAAUCAUUUUUUUCAUUGUUGGAAUCUUCGAAACAUUUACAUCAAUAAUAACCGACUAACAACGCUGGCUGAUGACGUCUUCAUUAGUAAUUUUCAAUUACGCCUGCUCGAUUUGAGCCAGAAUCGAUUGAGUAAUGUCGGACCCACGUUUUUCGGUGCCAUGUUCUUUUUUGGCUCGUUGAAUCUGAGCCACAAUUCGAUUGAUGAAUUGCCGAAUUUUAAAUAUGCCAGCGCACUUAACGAACUCUAUUUGAAUAACAAUAAAAUCAGAAAGACUCUGCCACUCACAUUCAGCAGACUCGCUGGGUUACAAGUAUUGCGGCUAGACAACAAUCAUAUUGAUGACCUACAAGCUGGAACAUUUGGACAAUAUGCUAGCUUACAACAGUUAUACUUAAAUUCGAACAAUAUCUCCGUUCUUCCAGCGUACAGUUUCUCACGAACACUAAUUACUGAGCUGUGGCUGUCCGACAAUCAGUUGAGCUAUUUAGAUGCCAGUCCAUUUGCUCAAAUGACGCACUUGUCAACAUUACAUGCCGAACGGAAUCAGAUCGCAAGGGUUGAUAAAAGACUUUUCGCCGAGGCUCCAUUACUGAGCACAUUGCAUUUGGCUGGGAAUAUUUGCGCGAACGAUUCGUUUAGUCGAGAUAUCGAUUUUAAUUGGCCUAGAAUUGGAACGUGUUCGUCAGUUAAGAUACAGACGAAUGUGAUGGCGUUUGUAAUAGUUUUAUUGAUUAAAUUAUUUACUUACCGGCUCAUUGCAAAUGUUUUUUGCGAUUUAGUAGUCGAUGGGAAGUAUAUACAACAAUCCGAAAUGUUAAGAUUGAUUUUACUCGUAACGAUCAACAUCCUACUAAGAUUCCACGAAUCACAAUGUACCGUCACCUGCACAUUCAAAUUCGACUAUUCGGAUGCAUUCAAUCGAACUUAUGGAUGUCAAUUGAAUAAUCAGAUCAUUGAGAGUGUUAAUGAUAUGGCUGUCGUCAAUGGUACCCAUGAAAUUGGCUACAACGACGAACAUGUAACAUGGAUAUCAUCGCACAAUUCACGGAUUUUGUUUUUCCCCAAUCUUUUGUUGCAUCAUUUUGCGAAUGUGCAGCGAGUCAUUUUCGAUGAAUCGGAAAUGGAAUCGGUCGGACCGAUAAGUUGCAGCGAAUUGAACGAAAUUAGUCUGAAUGGAAAUUUAUUGUCGAAUAUUUCGGAUGGAGUUUUCUCUGAUUGUUAUCAACUGAGAGAGUUGCGUUUGAGCCGGAACAAACUGGAAAGCAUUGGUGAAUUUACGUUCGGCGAACUAACGUAUCUCCAAUCGCUACACCUACAGGAUAACAAUUUAAGUUCAAUUCAUCCGAAUUCGUUUCAAUUUUUGACGAACUUGACGGUAAUUAAUUUGGGAUGGAACAAUCUGCAAUCCUUGGACCCAAAUCAUUUUCAUCGUUGUAGGAAUCUUCGAAAUAUUUUGCUGAACGAAAACCAAAUAACAACGCUGUCCGAUGACGUCUUCAUUAAUAAUAUUCAAUUACGCCUGCUCGAUUUGAGCCAGAAUCGAUUGAGUAAUGUCGGACCCACGUUUUUCGGUGCCAUGUUCUCGUUUGGCUUGUUGAAUUUAAGCCACAAUUCGAUUGAUGAAUUGCCAAUUUUUCGACCUGUCCCCAUACUAUGGGAACUCUAUUUGAACAACAAUAAAAUCAGAAAGACUUUGCCAAACACAUUCACCCUACUGACUGGGUUACAAGUAUUGCGGCUAGACAACAAUCAUAUUGAUGACCUACAAGCUGGAACAUUUGGACAAUCUGUUUGGAUACAUGACUUGUACUUAAAUUCGAACAAUAUCUCCGUGCUUUCAGCCUACAGUUUCUAUCGAACUCAAAUAACUGAAUUGUGGCUGUCCGACAAUCAGUUGAGCUAUUUAGAUGCCAGUCCAUUUGCUCAAAUGACGCACUUGUCAACAUUACAUGCCGAACGGAAUCAGAUCGCAAGGGUUGAUAAAAGACUUUUCGCCGAGGCUCCAUUACUGAGCACAUUGCAUUUGGCUGGGAAUAUUUGCGCGAACGAUUCGUUUAGUCGCGAUAUCGAUUUUAAUUGGCCUAGAAUUGGAACGUGUUCAUCAGUUAAGAUACAGACGAAUGUGAUGGCGUUUGUAAUAGUUUUAUUGAUUAAAAAUUUCAUUUGAAGA